AUGAUUUCUCCCAAAAGAUAUAAUUCGUUUUUAACCAUAAUUUCUAUACUUGUUUUCCAUGUUUUACAUUUUCCAUCCAUUGAAGCAGAAAAUGGUGGGUUCAACGUCAAACUGACUAGAAAAUCUUCCCCCUAUUUUCCCACACAUCUCAUGCAACAAUCAAACAAUAUCGUACAAGCAACUACACGUGCCUAUAUUGGUCAACAUCUAAUGGAAUUGUAUAUUGGAACUCCACCCAUAAAAAUAAGUGGUAUUGCCGACUCGGGUAGUGACCUUAUAUGGGCACAAUGUGUACCUUGUGUGGGUUGCUACAAACAAAUCAACCCCUUGUUUGAUUCUACAAAAUCUUCAACUUACAAAAAUAUUUCAUGUGAUUCACCUUUGUGUCGCAAACUUGACUCUUUCACGUGUUCUCCCGAAAACCAUUGCAAUUACACCUAUGCAUAUGGGGAUAGUUCCGUAACAAAUGGUGUUCUAGCACUAGAAAAAUUUACCCUAACAUCAAAAACAAAAAAACCUAUUUUCCUUCAAAACAUUAUUUUUGGUUGUGGACAUAAUGACACGGGAACAUUUAAUGACCAUGAAAUGGGUAUAAUUGGUCUUGGAGGAGGACCAUUGUCAUUAGUUAAUCAAAUUGGUCCUUUAUUUGGAGGUAGAAAAUUUUCGCAAUGUUUGGUUCCAUUCCACACGGAUAUUAGAAUUACAAGUAAAAUGAGUUUUGGAAAAGGGAGUGAAGUAUUAGGAAAUGGUGUAGUUUCUACAUCGUUGGUUGCUCCAGAUUAUGCAACACCGUACUUAGUUACUUUACUAGGUAUUAGUGUGGAAAAUACCUAUUUACCCUUAAAUAUUUCUUCUCCAACAACUGUUGCAAAGGGUAACAUGUUAAUUGAUUCGGGGACACCACCAACUCUUUUACAACAAAGUUUAUAUGAUAGAGUGGCUCUUGAAGUUAAGAACAGGGUUGCGUUGACACCAAUUUCAGAUGAUCCAAGUUUGGGUACUCAACUUUGUUAUCGUACGGAAACUAAUCUUAAUGGGCCAAAUGUAACAUUUCAUUUCGAAGGUGCAGAUGUAGUUUUAACACCGGUCCAAAUAUUUAUUCCACCUAAAGAUGGUGUUUUUUGCUUAGCCUUUGCCAACACUACGAGUGAUGUGGGAAUUUAUGGUAAUUUUGCACAAUCAAAUUACUUAAUUGGGUAUGAUCUAGAAAGACAUGUCGUGUCUUUCAAGCCAAUGGAUUGCACCAAACAUUAGAGUCUAGUCAAAUUUUCUUGUUAGACAAAAAAAAAAAUAACAG